AUGGAUAUACCCGUGUCGUUUGAUCUCGAGAAUUUCUUAUCUGCGGAGAGUUCCCAACUGAAGAAGCCGGCAUGCGGGGUGAAGUGGGAUCCUACGACCAGAAAUUGGAUCACCGAAACUAUGCAAGGGAAACUGAAGAAGAAACAGGCUGACGCUCUGCAGGAGUGGAGGUUUGAAGUUGACCUGGCGAAGUCAGGACUGAGCACAUGCCGACGGUGUGGACACAAGAUACCGAAAACGUCGUUACGAUUUGGAUAUCCCGUGGAAGACCCUCGAGGCGACCUUGGAGCGAUCAUUAUUUGGUUCCAUGCGGAAUGUGCACCGUUCAAGUUCCUGGAGAUAAACGGAUCCCUCGAGGGCCUAGUGGAUGGGGACUCGGGAGCUUCCUCUGAGAAUCUCGUCUCUGAUCCAUCUGAAUGGUUCACUGAGAACAUGAUGGGAUUCGGGGGUUUGGCGGAGGAGAAUAAGGAAGUGCUCCUAGGGGUGUUCCGGAAGCGCCAUGAAAAGAAAGAGGUGGAGGACUUGGACAUAGGAGGGAUGAAGCACAUGGUCUCCAAGUUGCUCGUGGACAAGUUUACUCCCCCUGACGAGCUAGUGAUGCCACUACUAGCCUUCCAGAAGGAAGGUCUCGCCUGGAUGUGCAACCAGGAGCUUACCAAAGAGUGCAGAGGCGGGGUGUUGGCGGACGAGAUGGGCAUGGGCAAGACCAUCCAGGCUGUGGCUCUAGUCAUGAAACGAUUGAAGGAGACGAAGGGGCCGACCUUGGUGGUCUGUCCAGUGGCAGCAGUGAUGCAGUGGUACAGCGAGAUCCAUCGCUACCUCAAGCCCGACUCUCUGAAGGUCCACGUCUAUCACGGCAACAAGCGGCUGAGUGGUGAGGACCUUCUCAAGUUUGAUGUGGUAUUGACGACGUACCAGACGAUGGAAUACGAAUACAGGAAACAACUGAACAAGUUGAAGUCCAUCUGUCGAUACUGUCAAAGAGCCUUCCUGCCCGAUAAGCUCAUCUGGCAUCAGAAAUAUAUGUGCGGUCCUGAUGCGGAAAAAACGGCCAAGCAGAGCAAGACCCACAAGAAGUUUAGGGAGGCUGCUGAGGCCGCUAAGAGGACCUUGGGGAUUCCUACAGCUAGUGUGGAGGGAGCGUCCGAGAGCCCGGAAUCGAAGCGGGGUCGGUCGAAGGGUAAGGCUGAGAGCGAUUACAAACCCCCUACAAUGGGCAACGUCCUGAGGGAGGUGAUGGCAAAGGCUGGCAUGGAGAAUGCUGAGAAGGCCAGCAUUUGGAAGGUUAAGGAGUUCUAUUGGGCCAAGCAGCGAGCUAAGCAUGAGGAGAAAGGGAUCAAGCUGGCCGAAGUAGAUGAGGCCAGCAUACGUAGGAUGACCAUGCGGGAGCUCAAGGAGGUUAUUAUGGACAGGUAUCCUGGCAUGGACAUACCCAAUCAGAUGAGGCGUGCCGAGCUGGUGUCGCUUAUUCUUGAGAUGGAGGAGGACAAGGGGGAGGUGAACGGCGAGUCGAGUGAAAGGAAAGUUGGUGAUGGGAACGAACACCGAGUUGAGCGACUCUCGGCGACGGACAUAGGGAAGCUGAAGGUGGCAGAGCUGCGAGCUAAGUGCCAGGAGAUGGGACUUGACACGUCUGGCUUGAAGGCCGCCCUGGUGGCGAGGGUCCGCGAGGCUGUUGACAACGAACGUAUAGCUAGGAUGAGGAAGACGACUAAGGGUGCGGCAGCUCCAGAGGGCAGCGUGGACACUCCGGAGAGGAAAGUUAAGAAGCAGGUGAAGGUGGAAGAGCCGGUGUCGAUAGAAAAGGCUGGGCAGCGACGUAGAGCACCUUCCCGUCGGUGUAAGGUGAAAGGCAGCCCCUCGAGCGCGAGCACGGUGGCCCCUCGGACUGUGAAAGGCAGCCGAUCCUCACCGGUGAGCCUAGGCAGUAGUCCAGACUCGACAGGAAAUAAGGAAGACGCCACUCUGUCGGUGUCCGAGUCGUCGGCAUCAUCAUCGUCAUCAGAUAGCUCAUCAUCCCCUCCUAGCAAGAAGCGUAGGAUGAGCACGUCGAAGAAGCGAGCUGUUGUCGCUCGACUACGACAAACUGUGAAGCCACAGGCGGGCAGAGGGCCGCCUCAGUCCUCCAAGCGCCCUAAGAACUCCGAAGAUGACGAUUAUGAACCCAGCGAUGCUACUGCAAGUGGCUCUAGUAGCGAGAGCGAGGCUACUGGGGAUGAUUCGGACGAGUCGAGCGAUAGUGAAAUUGAAGUUGUGAAGAGGAAAGGUCGACAGGCGAAGCGUCGGGGGUCGACGUGUGCUGGUCGGGUGACAAGAGCUGCAGCGAAGAAGGUGCGAAAUGAAGAGGAGGAUGAUGACGAUACCUCCGGUAAGCCGCCCGGGGGAUUAGUCUUGAGUCAAUAUCGUUGUGCGUUAGAUUGCGAGAGGAGUGACUUGGAUCUGUCGAAGUCCGCCCUUCACAGUGUACGUUGGGGCAGGGUCAUCCUGGAUGAGGCCCAUCGAAUUAAGGGACGGACAACAACGACUGCCCUUGGAGCGUAUGCAUUGAGGGCUGAGUACAGGUGGGGGCUCAGCGGGACGCCUUUGCAGAAUCGCGUGGGAGAGCUGUACUCGCUCGUGAGGUUCUUGAAGUAUGAUCCGUAUGCCUUCUACUUCUGCAAGACCAAGAACUGUGACUGUAAGUCCAUGGCUUACCGUUUCGAGGACAACCGAUACUGUAAACGGUGCGGUCAUACUAAGAUGCAACAUUACUCCUAUUUCAACCAAACCAUUAGCAAGCCUAUUCUGAAGCAUGGGUUCUCGGGAAUUGGCAAGGACGCUUUGAAAGAGCUGCGCGAUCGGGUUCUGGAUCGUCUGCUAUUGCGACGUACCAAAGAGGAGCGUGCUGAUGACCUACACCUGCCUUCGAUGACUGUGAGCAUCAGACGAACGGAGCUCACGGACAGCGAGAAGGACUUCUACGAGAGCUUAGCAAUGCAGAGUCAACUACGCUUCGACGUCUAUGCUAAUGAGGGCACGGUUCUUAAUAAUUAUGCUCAUAUCUUCGACCUCUUGACGAGGCUACGUCAGGCAGUAGAUCAUCCCUACCUCAUCGUCCAUGGCAUGGAUUGUGGUUCUAUCCCUGCUAAGAGCACUGCUGGGAGGGAUAGGGCUGACAUAUGCGUAGGAUUUCCCUCUCAGGUGUUGUGCCAAGACGACAUACCAGCUCGUACCACCAACGAGGAUGAGGCUCAGGCCAAGGCUACGUGUGGUCACAGUUUCCAUAAUGAGUGCGUGAGAGAUUUUCUGCGCGAGGCUCCUCAGUUGCCGCUGAAUGGAGGAAUCGGAUGCCCUGCGUGCUUCGCUCCGAUAACAGUCACAUUCGGGCAGGUAGCUCGGGUUUCCUUUGAUUAUACCAAGUUGACAAGCAUAUUCUGCGUGUCAUUACUCAUUUGUCAGGCUAUUGAGGAGGAGGACGAGAGUCAGCAGGGAUCACCAUCGCCCGAAAAGGUGAAAGAGAGUGCAGCUAUCGGCGGACGGUCGAAGAACAGUAUCCUCAAUCGUAUCAAAGCUGACGAGUUCGAGUCGUCAGCUAAGAUUGAUGCUUUACUUGACGAAGUCAGGAAGAUGAAAGAGAGGGAUCCCUCUGCUAAGGGGUUGGUAUUCUCCCAGUUCAGCCGUAUGCUAGAACUCGUGGACUUCAAGCUACGGCGAGAGGGGAUUUCCUGCUUGGUUCUUCACGGUGGCAUCCCUAUGGCUCAACGAUCCAAUAUACUUCUGUCCUUCCGCCAGGACCCUGAAUUCACACUACUGCUCAUCUCGCUCAAGGCUGGUGGCGAGGGGCUGAAUCUUCAAGCUGCCAGUUGCGUAUUCCUGCUUGAUCCAUGGUGGAAUCCAGCGUAUGAGCAACAAGCGAUCCAAAGAGCUCAUCGACUUGGCCAGACAAAGGCCGUUAAUGCUGUGAGAUUCAUCACUAAGGAUACCGUCGAGGAGAGAAUACUGGCCCUACAAGAGAAGAAACAGCUCGUGUUCGACGGCACCGUAGGUGGAAAUGAACAAGGCGCGCUCCAGAAAUUAGCGGUCGAGGAUCUUCGAUUCCUCUUCCAGCAGUAG